UAAAGUAUUAGUAAUCUUUAACAAUUUUGAUAUGCAAAUUAACUAGAAGUAAUUUUCCAAAUUCUGUUUCAAGCUCUUGGUUUUCCGCUUAACAGUAUAGAACCAGCAAAUUUUUAAAAUUGUAUUCAAGUAGACUUCAGGUAGCAUAUUCAAAAUGAUAAAAAAUCGAGGAUCAACUCAGAUGGCUAAGAAGACUGCAAAAAAUGUGGCCACGACCAACAGUUCGAAGAAAUGGUCCCGCAUUAAAAUAAUUAUUUGGGUGAAUAAAACAUUGGAUUGUAAUGUGCCAAGGAUCGAGGAACUGCGCACGGGUGCUGCCUAUUGUCAGCUAAUGGAUAUCUUAUUUCCGGGCACCAUUCGGAUGCGUAAAGUGAAAUUUUUAUGCAAUCAACCAUUUGAGUAUAUUGAUAAUUUUCGGAUACUGCAACAGAGCUUUAACGAGCUGGGUGUGAAUACACCCGUAAAUGUUGUGCAGCUUGUGAAGGGAACAUUUUAUGAUAACUAUGAAUUCGCCCAAUGGUUUCGUCUGUUCUACGACACCAACUUUGUAAAAAUACCCGACGGUUAUGAUCCGAAAGCAGCCCGCUUCGAUGUGCCCAUUGGCAUUGGUCCAUCCAUUCAAUUCCGUCCAGUUUAUACUCCUCGCAAAUUCACCACUCCAAAUUCAGUUGACGCAUCAACAACUUCCCAAACCUCAAUAAUCGAAUCGGACAAAAGUGGAUAAUGCAGUUAAACUAUUUGAUUAGUUCUUUCGAAAAUCUAACGUUAAGCUAUUAAUUGUUUUGACUAAAAUGUAAUACUCCAAUUAACCAAUAUAUAAGUGAAUAUCAUAAAUAA